UUUUGAAAGACGAAUCACGUGACGUCCUGAGAGUCAUAUGAUCGUGGUUUAGCAAAUAUGGCGUCACAUUUGUUUUGCGGCAGAGUAAACCUAAAUAUUUUGAGAGAGGCUGCACGAAAAGACCUGCGCGAAUUUUUAGAUAAAUGUUCGGGAAGCAAGGCCAUAGUUUGGGACGAGUAUCUUACUGGACCUUUCGGGUUAAUUGCUCAGUAUUCCCUUUUGAAGGAGCAUGAAGUCGAGAAAAUGUUCACUCUCAAAGGUGGUCGGAUACCAUCCGCUGCCGUCAAGAAUAUUGUCUUUUUUGUGCGACCGAGGCUGGAAUUGAUGGACAUCAUUGCAGAAAAUGUUGCAAGUGAGGAUAAAUUACAUCCACGAGACUUCCACAUCCUGUUUGUGCCGCGCCGGAGUCUCCUGUGUGAACAGCGGCUGAAGGAGAAAGGGGUUCUGAACUCCUUCACAAACAUCGAUGAAUACAUUCUGGACCUUAUCCCUUAUGAUGGAGAUCUUCUCUCCAUGGAGUCUGAGAGCUCCUUUAGAGAAUGUUAUUUAGAGAGCGAUCAGACGAGCCUGUAUCACGCUGCCAAGGGCCUCAUGACUUUGCAAGCACUUUAUGGAACAAUACCGCAAAUCUUUGGCAAAGGCGAGUGUGCAAGGCAUGUGGCCAACAUGAUGCUGCGGAUGAAGAGAGAGUUUGCAGGGAGUCAUACUCAAAUCCUGCCCGUGUGUAUAGAUUCCUUCUUUUUGUGCAACGUGGACUUGCUGACGCCAUUAGCCACCCAACUCACCUAUGAGGGUCUUAUCGAUGAGAUCUUCAGCAUCACCAAUGGUUACGUGAAGCUACCGCCUGAGAAGUUUGCACAGAAGAAGCAGGGAGAAGGUGGGAAGGAUCUCCCCACUGAGCCGAAAAAACUGCAGCUCAACUCAGCCGAGGAGCUUUACGCUGAAAUACGGGACAAGAACUUCAAUGCUGUUGGAGCGGCUCUCAGCAAGAAAGCCAAGGUUAUAUCAGCUGCGUUUGAGGAGCGACACAAUGCAAAAACUGUUGGAGAGAUUAAACAGUUUGUUUCGCAGCUGCCUCACAUGCAGGCGGCCCGGAGCUCCCUGGCUAAUCACACCUCCAUCGCUGAACUCAUCAAGGACAUAACAACCUCAGAAGACUUCUUUGACAGUCUGACCGUUGAGCAAGAGUUUAUGACUGGAGUAGACACAGACAAGGUCAGCACAUAUAUAGAAGACUGCGUAGCACAAAAAGACCCCCUGAUAAAGAUCCUGCGACUGGUCUGCAUGCAGUCUGUCUGCAACAACGGCCUCAAACAGAAGGUCCUGGACUUCUAUAAGAGAGAGAUCCUUCAGACGUAUGGUUACAAGCACAUUCUAACUCUCAAGAACUUGGAAAAGGUUGGGCUACUCAAACCUCAAAGCACCAUGAGAAACAACUACCCCACAAUCAGGAAAACCCUCAAACUGUGGAUGGAGGAUACCAAUGAACAGAACCCCAACGACAUCUCGUAUGUGUACAGUGGCUAUGCGCCGCUGAGUGUUCGCCUGACACAAGUGCUCGCUCGUCCUGGCUGGAGGAGCAUCGAGGAGGUGCUGAAGAUGCUGCCUGGUCCACACUUCGAAGAGAGACAGCAGGUCCCCACAGGCCUUCACAAGAAGCGUCAGCCUGGAAAAACAGGAACCAAACAGACCACCCUGUCUUCUUUCUUGGCGGUGUGA